CACGUGAAUGUCACUUAAAGCUCACAGAACAACUCAGUUCAUAUUAAGCUAAGAUAGCAGCGUUUAUAAUGUAACCUGGCGUUAUUCACGACAGUUCAUAGCGAAUGAAAUGGGAUCUAACUUGGUGGUACAACCUGUUUCCAGGUGUAUGGAUGCACAUAAGAGCCAAGUUUGAUGAGUGAAUCCGAUAAAGAAUGGAGAAGGAACAGCACAACAACAACAUUGUCGUCUUCAAUUCGUCGAAAAGAGAGCUGUUUACCACGAACAAUGGAUACAAGUCCAUGUACAAAAGACUACGAGCUCAAUGGAAAAUCCAAAGCAUGAAGGAAGAGCUGUCUUUGGAGAAGCUGAAGGGUGUCAAGUUGUGGAUAACUGCAGGCCCAAGGGAGAAGUUCACGGCAUCAGAGCUUGAGGUACUGAAGCACUACCUGGACGGAGGAGGAAAUGUCCUGGUCAUGCUCGGUGAAGGAGGAGAAAUGAGAUAUGACACCAAUAUCAACUUUCUUCUGGAGGAGUUUGGAAUAAUGGUCAACAAUGAUGCUGUUGUGAGGAAUGUGUAUUACAAAUACUUCCAUCCUAAGGAGGCACUUGUGUCCAAUGGUGUAUUGAACAGAGAGAUAAGUCGGGCUGCUGGCAAAGUGGUCACAGGAAUUAUUGAUGAUGAAAAUGUUGGAAACAAUGCACAGGCACUCACAUUUGUGUACCCAUAUGGAGCCACACUGAGUGUAAUGAAGCCUGCUGUGGCUGUUCUUUCAACUGGCUCCGUCUGCUUCCCCCUCAACAGGCCAGUCCUGGCCUUCCAUCAAGGAAAGGAGGCUGGCAAGCUGGUAGUGUUGGGUUCCUGCCACAUGUUCAGUGAUCAAUACAUAGACAAAGAGGAGAACAGUAAAAUCAUGGAUGUCGUGCUUCAGUGGCUCAUGGCUGAUAAUAUUCAGCUGAAUCAGAUUGAUGCAGAAGACCCAGAGAUCACAGAUUACACCAUGUUGCCAGACACAGGGUGCCUGUCGGAACAGCUCAGAGUGUGCUUACAAGAGGGUGAUGAAAACCCCAGGGACUUCACCUCUUUAUUUGACAUGUCAUUGUUCAAUUUAUCAACUGACACUUUACCCCAAGUCAUCAGCGCUUACAAGCAACUCAAUGUCAAAGAUGAACCACUUCAGUUGAUCACACCACAGUUUGAGACGCCUCUGCCUCAGCUCCAACCUGCUGUCUUUCCACCAGCCUUAAGUGAUCUGCCUCCUCCCAUGCUGGACCUGUUCGAUCUAGAUGAGACAUUCUCUUCUGAGAAAGUGCGCCUAGCACAGCUCACUAAUAAAUGUACAGACGAUGAUCUUGAAUUCUACGUGCGUAAAUGUGGUGAAAUUCUGGGGGUGACUCCAAAGUUGGAUAAAGAUCAGAGGGAUGCCAAGCACAUCUUGGAGCACAUUUUCUUUCAGGUUGUAGAGUUCAAGAAACUCAAUCAGGAGCAUGAUGCUGACGCAGAGGCACCAUUCACUCUGAUGUGAUUGGAUUCAAGAAACAUGUUAGCAUUUUCAUCUCUGUCUUUUCAAUAUACUGAAACAUGACUAAGCAGAUGUGAGUAUAUUCCUUCAGUAAAGGAGAAUGUAAAGGGACCAUUACAGCUGUUGUGGAAGAUGCAGUAUCAGCAUGGGUACUGUUUGUUUAACAAACUGUAUAUACAAGAGAUGUGUUUUUAUAUCUUUCUAGAAUUCAUUUUGGAAGAAAAAGAAAAUGUACAAUACACUUAAGCAAAUAGUCAGAUACUUUUAUUUAAAUAUUUAAGCAAACUUUGUUAAAAGCGUAGAGCUCUCUGCAGGAAUCUUCACACAUGCAUCCUGUAAAAAAAAAAAAAAAAAAAAAAAGUAGCGUUAGAAACAAGGAUUUGCAGAUUUUGCCAGAUAGUGCAGUUAAUGAAAGAAAGACUAGGCAGCUUACCUUCACAUGUACAUCCAGUGUUUAAAAUCCACUUUGAUUCAUCUGUGCAGACAUAAUCACGCACAGCUGAAAACCUUACACUUCUUCCUUUCAAAACUCUGAAUUUUCUCCAUGUUAAGGUUGUGUUUCGAGGGACAUUCUAGGCCAUGUCAGGGAGAAACUUCUGCUGGUGAAUGUUGUGUGGAUUGGGGUUUUGGACUCCAUGUUGACUCCAGAGCGCUGGACUCCAUGCAGGGUAUGGAGCCGUUUUCUGCUUUAAUCAAUGACACAUCCCACGACAUCUGAGGGGCAGUGAGAUCACUGUAUGACUGGUCAAAACAAGCAGCCUUUUUUGGCUUUGGAAGAAGCAUGUGAGGAGUGGAGGACUGUCUGUGUGAAGGCACAGCCAGGUGACAAUUGUCAGUCUCUUGAGUGUUCAAGUUGUUCAUUGGAAAGGCCUGAGAGGGAGAACUGGGGUCUGAUGACAGGCACAGAGAAGCCAGGAUAGACAGCCUGGAGUCAGAUCCUUCAGCCAUUGUGUCAUUUGACACUCUUGACGUGGACAGCUGUUCCAGCGACAAAGCAGACAGCAAACUCUGUUCCCCGAAAAACUUCUUGUCGAGCUCUGACGGAGAUGAGCACUCAAAGCUUUUCAUAUCUAGGAGGUAAAAUGUUGGAUCCCACUUAAAAUUACAUCAUCUCAUCUGACCUUAAUGAAUAUAUUUAUCUUUAAAACCAGUUUUCUUACCUUGAAUGACAAAAGCUUUCGCCAUUGUGUCCUUGGGCCAGUGAGUAUCAGUUGAGCUCCAGGUGGGUUUUAAACUGUUGAAGCUGCCUGUUAAUUGACCCAGCUGGAGGUUGGGCAGGUCAUCAAUCUGGAGGAGGAGGGGGAACAUACAGCUUGGUAGAAGUGCAGAUGCAUUUGUGAUCACUUUUUGUUUUUCAUAUAUAUUUUGUAAUUAAAUAUGUGAAUAAAAUGUUAUUUUAAAGAUG